CCUUCGUAAAAACUUACAUAAACCCUGUCAGUGGCGCCAUGAUACAUUGCCGUAGCUUAUAUUUUUAGGGUUUUCUCGCAAGCAUCUUGUUAUUUUGGGUGGAAGCCAAAUGAGACUAACAAAUGGCCUCACCCGGUAACUGACAUCUGCUAAGAAGCUAUUGUAGAGGCGUGUCCCUGGUUAACUACGGGCUUUAUACGUCGGUGGUUCACAUAUUCUACAUUGUCCAUAGGUCCGACACGGCACGGGCAACCAUGGCCACCGACAUGAUCGAAAACAUCACAAAGGUUCUGGUGCAGUCUGCCAAGCUGGUGGAGGAUCAGGUGGAUGCAGAGUUGACCAAACUUAACGAAAUGGACGAAGACGACUUUGAAAAAAUGAGGGAACGACGACUCGAGGCACUAAAGAAAGCCCAGAAACAGAAGCAGGAGUGGUUGUCUAAAGGACACGGAGAGUACCGCGAAAUUCCCAGUGAGAAAGAGUUCUUCGGUGAGGUGAAGGAGAGCAAGAAAGUUGUGUGUCAUUUCUACAGAAACUCCACUUUCAGGUGAUGUCACUUUUUUAUUAUAUUACCUCUCU